AAAUACCAAACAGUGGUGAUAAGCAAUGAGGAUAAGAAAGGGUUCUUGUCACAAGCUAAGAGGUUCCUUUCAGAAGACAGCCAGGUAGAUAUGUCAAUCAGUUAAUCAGUCCUCCAGCUAAUCAAUAAAUCAACCAACACAUUAAUUGUCCAAUUAUGAUAUGAUUUUGAAAUGUGAUUUCAGAAUGAAAACCCAGGGCCAGGCACAUAUAUGUCUCACAGGCCUGCUGAAAUCAGCAGCCCCUCCUUCUCAAAGAAAGGUACAGGAGGCUUUGCAUCCCAGGUCAGACAUGUUAAUGGUACCCUACUCACAACCUCAAUCUCUUUGUUGACAUCAGUGGAAUCAUCAUGUAAUUUUAAUAAAAUGUAUUCUCAAACUUUACCGAUAAUAGGGAUCAAAUCUAGUGUCCUUAGGAUCUCAGAGACCAAGUGAAGCUUAUGUUAUAGGUAGGCCUAUACUCUCUUAAAACCCGGUCAGCUGCCAUACUUACAACACUUACCUAGGGCAUCUUCUCUUUUCCACUAGGCUGUCAGAGUUCCCCGUAACCCUCAGAGAGGUAUCCCAGGACCCAAUGCCUAUAACCUGCAGUCCUCUCUGAUCCACAAACACAGCUUCGGCAGGGGAGGCUCCAGAACUUUCCGACUGCCAGUGGCUGUACAACUUGAUGGCCCUAAGAACAAGACUCCAGCCCCUAAUCAAUAUCAUGUAAGUGCAGUAUUCAAGGUUAUUCACAACCUAGGUUAUAUGAGAAGAGGGAAGCCAUGUUUUAGAUCCAUAUUUGAAUGUUGAUAUGAAACACUGUACGUUUAUUUCCUGUAUACAAUAGGCUUACAUGUUUGUGUACUGAACAUUUUACUCUAAACAUGUUGUUAUGAAUGUAGUGUUUUUGUUUAAAGACUUGCCUUUAUUCUUGGUGCUCUAGGUGUCCUUAGGUGGGGUAAAGCCAAACACAGUGUCCGCUCAAUCAGUAUUUCUGUCAACAACUGGACGGAGUUCUGUGUGCUCAAACACUCUAAAAGGACCAUCCCCAUGUAAGUAUUAUACUUUUUAUUAAAGCAGUAUAUUUUUGCUCAUUGGGAAUAUCAUUUUUAAUCAACACUGCAUUACAUAAACUCCUCUACAGGAUUUUUAAUAUGAUCCUGUUUAUCUUUGCUUGUUCAAGGUCACUACAAAGUCAAUGAUGCCAUAACUCAGAAAUGCCCCAAGGUUCCCCUCUCCUGCUUCAAGUCCAACUCUGUGAGGAUCCAGUCCCCUGUGAAUAACCAUGUCCCAGGCCCAGGCACCUAUAGUCCCUACCAGGCCCCAGAGCCAGUCAGGAGGACCAUCCUACCGUGAGUAAAAGCACAGGGGGGGGGGGGGGGGGACCUGAUUCUAGAUCAGCACUCCUACUGGGAGACGCUUUAUCAAUACGGAUCCAGGAGUAGCAGGGUAAUCGUUUCUCUGAUAACAUCUCUCUGGUCUUAAACUGCUCUCCCAUGCCCUUUAACCCUUGUCCAAGGAGGAGACAUUACCUGGGAAUAUCAGCUCCCCCUCUGAUUCUUCUGAAGAACCCUCCCCUGCCUGGCCCUGGGCAGUAUGAUGUAGUGAACUAUGGAGACCCGCCCAAGCACUUCAUGUCUAGUUCCAUGUUUGUUUCUGGGACAAGCCGUUGGACCCAGGAUGUGCGCGGCCAAGGAGUGCCAGGGCCAGGUGCUGUAUUAAUGACCCUCCUUGUCACACGAAUGGUUAUAACGGCCAUUUUUUGUUUUCUGUUAUACUAUAUUGCUUUUUACUAUUAUUAUUGUUAUUCUUAUGAAAAGGCAUUUAUGUUUAACUUUCAUUUCACUGAAGAGGAUAUUGAUUGAACUUAAUGUCCCUUUUUGUUUCUAGGUUACUAUGAACCAGAUACGUCAUCAAAGCGGUCUUUCUUAUACAAUUACUCCAAAUGGAUUCCAGCAUGAAGCACUUGAGGCAACUCACAUUGCUUUUGUGUGGAUGUUUUUGCACGUUUUCACACCACACUGUGCAUAUAUUUACUAGUGUACUUCAUGUGAAAUUGUAUCGUGGUUGAGUGGCUUGGGGUGGGAGU